AUGUCUGAGGAAGGAGUGAAUGAGGAGGAACCUGAAGGUGAGAUUGAAUUAUCCGGAGAGGAUGCCAAUGUUGCUGAGCCGAAACGAAAGAGACAACGAGGACCAACAAGGAUGAGAGACAUUGCCAAGGAUCCAAAUAACAGAGUUCGAGUAGACUUCACCAUCAUGGGUGAACCUUACGGUUCUGGGUCCGUUAAGCUGUCGUCGUAUGUAGGUGCCUUAGUACGAGAACAAGUUCCUAUCACAAUUGAUCAUUGGACAAAGAUCGGUCAAGAUGUGAAGACAGUUCUCUGGAAAUCUGUCCAGGCACGAUUUGAGCUGGACGAAGCUUAUCAAAAGACACUGGUACUAAAGCAGAUGGGAUGCUUGUGGAGAUCAUCGAAAUCUCGCGUCGUGAAGGAGAUCAUGGAAGCUACCAACAACCAACAAAGGAUGAAUCUGCGUCCUAAAAAUGUUACUCCGGUUGAUUGGCGAAAAUUUGUUAAAAUCAAAACUAGCCAAUCAUUUAAGGAGUUGAGUGACAGCUACAAGGAACGAAGAAGUAAACAAAUUCCUCACACAUGUAGUCGCAAAGGAAUGGUCAGACUUACUGAAGAGAUGGAAUUGACUGUCACAUACAACUAUGUGUUGCAGAUAAAGGCAGCGGAUAUUCUUAAUCGUGGUAAUCCGUCUACUGCUUCAAAUGAGUGUGAAGAUGCCCUCAACGAACUGUUAGGACCUGAUAAUCCGGGUCGAUUGAGGACGAUGGGCAGAAACAUGAGUAAGACUAAGCUAGCUUGUUUCCAAGUGAAGCAUAAGUGUAUUGUUGAAAUGGAAGAGAAGCAAAUUCACCUCCUGCAAAAGGUCACCGAGUUACAAGAGGAAAUUGCCAAAAUGAAGAACCAGAGACAAGAACUUGAAGUUGGCGAAAACUCAGCAGCAAAAAGUGUGAACAAGAAAACACAACCUAAGUGUAUCUUGCUUGAUUGGACUGAUGAUGAUACCAAUGUUGCUGAGGGUCGUAUUAUUUCUUCUGAUCCGGAUGAGGAAGUGAAUGAUAGUGGGUUAGGCCCUACAGAUGUGAAAGUAUUGGUUGAAAUUGCUACUGUACCAGACGCAUACCUCUGGAGACCUGCAAGUACAAUGUUUACAGUUCAAGAAGCAGUUAGACAGAUGAUUGCAUGGCCUGCUGCUAAGUGUGUUAACAUAGAACAGGGGAUCCAACCAGAAGACAUUGCAGAACUGGGCGCAAAGAAUAAUUGUCUGAACAAAUGCAAGCUUCUGGAUUUGUCUUCCGAUGAUGUAGUCGUCGCUCAAGGACGUUGGCAGACACAAGAUUCCAAGUCAUUGGUUAAUGGACUUCCACUCGGUCCUAAAGCAGUGAAAGUAUUUGUUGAUGACAUACAACAACCGGAUACAUUUAUAUGGAGGCCUACGAUGGAUGUGGCAUAUCUUGAGGUCUGCUUACAGUCUUAUGUAGCGUGGCCUGUCAACAAAGUUGUCUUCGAAAACACUACGACCGCAUCAGCUCAAAAAUCUACUCAGAAUUUUGAAUCAAGCGGAAGAAAUACCGGAUUUACAACAGCAGCAACUGGUCCAAAAUCUCGUAGUGAUUCAUUUCCGGCUACAUCUCAUGGUGAUAAGUCUCCGGCAUCAUCUCAGAACUAUGGAGCAGAAGCUAUCAAGGAAAAUAAGAAGUGCAAGUUGAUGGAUAUAAGCGGGAAGAAGCGUGUUGUUGCUGAAGGACGUGUGCAUUCAACUGACCCAGAACUGAAGGUGCAUUUUGUUCGGUUGGGUUCUAAGGCAGCUAGAGUUUGGGUUGAUUCGGUGAAGGAAGAUGACGCACCAGUUUGGAGGCCGUCAGAUGAAAUCGAGUAUAUGAAAGAUGCACUUGGUUCAUCUAUUGCAUGGCCAAUCGAUAAAUUGGUCGUCUUCUAA